AUUUGAUCAAUGCGUACAACUUGCUGUGCGGAAAGGAAGGUCGUAUGCUGAGGAGGACGAGAAGCUUCCCCCGCUGUUUUUCUGCGUCGAGCAUCUUUUGGCUGUGCAAAAGGCGGAGGAAGAAGGAGGAGCUUCAGCUUACGAUACGUGGACGGGCGCAUAUUGAUGCAAAAUCCCCGAUUUCAUGGCGGCGUCCCUGGACGACGUCGGGGGCAUCGACCCCCUGGCUCUGGAGCUCAAUAGCCCAGCAGAGGUGGGGCAGAAGAGGGGAGCUGCCUCUGCUGGCAAGUCGUCCCACAAGAGGCCAAAACCAAAUGAUGACACGCUCUGGGCAGCCUGGUUCUUCUUCGACACCUACUACAAGACUGUCUACAAAGACGAUGACCCAGGAGCAAUCGAUACGACGGUGUUUGAGGUGCAGUUUGCGAUGGAGAAUUGCUACAUGUAUGCGUUCCGCGACCGGCAGGACCUCUCCCUCGGGCCUGGUCAGCUGAACAGCUGGAUCAGCGGCAAGCAGAUUGGCGAGAGCCCGUACAUGUUUCCAUUUGCUGUGAAGGACGGGUACAUCCGGUGCCAUCGGCUGCAGAACAAGAAGUACAGGAACCUGAAGAACCCGCAGUGCAUCACUGGCAUCAGGAAGGUCGUGGACCCUCCUGUGGUCGCUGAAGAAGAUGCCAGGAGAUGGUACCACCUGACUGGACGGGAGACCAGCGAGAUCCCUGGGGAAGAGGCGGAGGGCUACGUCGAGUGGAGACCAGUUCCGAACCCCUCAGAUCACACCAGCGCGGGGGGACGUCCGAUCGGGAAGGUUCAGCAGCUGGACAGCAACUCGGACCGCGGCCGGUGGCUGAGCCAGAUUGGGGGAGUCCUGAGCAAGCACUUUGGCCCCGUAACGGCGGCGAAGACCAUCUACGAGGACAGUAUGGGAUACCUUGUAAAGGUGUCGCUCCCGUACGUGGACAAGCGGACGGUCAAGAUCACGUGGCGCAACACGACCAACGAGUGUAUCAUCAAGGUGACGGCCACGAGCAUUGGCGGCAGCGGGACGUAUAACAAGGACGGCCGAAUUUACAAGUGCACAGACCCACAAGCCGAGAUUCCCAGGAAUGGCACCCUGACUCGAGAGAUCCAUCUUCCGAUGCUGCUCCCACCAAAGUCUGCACUGCAAGCAAGCUUUGAUCCUGUAACUGCGGGGAUGGAGAUCCUUGUGCCUAAGCUGACCGCAUCUGCAGGCGACUUUGAGAUCCCGGUUACAAUUCUUUAGGGGGUAAUAGAAUUAGGAGCUUUAGGGUAGCCAAGCGGGCACCUGCUCAUGUAAUCAUGUUAGUUUUGAAAACUCGCUCUACCAGUUCACCGGUUCAGGGACCACCAAUUGUAUCCCUUCGUCUCAGUAUGUGUUGUUCAAUGAAGAAGUUUUUGUCUCUU